GUCCAGUGUGUGAAAAUGGUGACAGCCAACAUGUUACUGAGUGUCUUCUUUGUUUCAGAUGCUCCCAAGGACACCUCAGUGUCCAUCAGUCCAUCAGGUUUGGUGUCAGCCAGUAGCUGGGUGAACCUGACCUGCUCCAGCAGAGCCAAUCCUCCCGUCAGCCGCUUCACCUGGUUCAAGACCAGCAAAGAUGGACCCAUCAAUGAGUCUGAAGGAGACUUUUACAGCUUUAAUGUGACAGGUGGAGGAUUUUAUUACUGUGUGGACAGUAAAAGCAUCUUCAUUUCACACAGUUAAGGGGAACUCAAAACUUCCACGCCCUGCAGCUCAGAUGGUGUUGUCAGCCAUUUUAAUAUCACACUUCAUACUUGUGAAUGACCUCAUCCGGCUGUUGCUGUGUGAUUAGUAAUCUGCAUAUCAGAUAAGUGCCAAUAGAAGCCCUACACCUCUUAACAGUAUUAUAAAUAACAACACGAGAAAGAAUUAUAGUGACCUUAAUACAAGGGCAGUUCUGUGCACACAUUACCAGUGUAGGACAAGAUUGUGUUUAAUCUGGAAAUGUUUGUGUAAUUUAUUAUUUUAUAUGUUGCAGAUCAUUUUUUACAAAGCAAGUUUAAUCUCGUGUACUUAUCUACUGUGUUGUGUCUACAUUUUUAUUUUUAUUUGUAUUUGAACGACUUUCAAAAAUGAACAUAAAACAUUGUUUCUGCAUUUUAAGUCAUUUAUUCAUUGCACUGUAAUAAAAACCUUGGCAUACAAUUCCUAAAACUACCUAAUAAUCUCAGUUGCAUUUAUUGGUCCAACAUUUCACAUAUUGUGUGUAAACAUCACCUGAAAUCAGACAGUUGAAUCACAAACAUUACAAAAGUGGCAAGAUGAAUGAUGCAUAGUAAUUCCCACUGGAACUGUGCUACAAUGCUUUGAGUAGUUAAUUGACUUCUGAUAUGUAUUUGAGUAUCAGCUCAAUUCAAAAUAAAGGGCAUUUCAUGAGAUCCAGUCAAUAUUGUAUUGAAAGAUCUGGUGCUUAAAUUCAUUUAAAACCUUUUUAUUAGUAAAAAAUAUUAAAACUGUUUCUACUUUUUGUCAGAAUGUUGCCAAAAACAAUCUUUGGGCUUCAGCUUGUAAACAUCAGCAGCCUAGACACUGUAUUGUUAAAUGUCUCUAAAGGCACCAUUAGGUCAUGUGCGUUGUUCUUUAGUACCAUGCCAGGAUUUGUGAGUGAAUGGAGGUAGUGACAUGAGCUUCUCCACAUGAUAGGUUUGACAGAAAUCACAGAAAUCUAACCUUCAUGUUGAGAGUCAAACCUCCCUCCUACCACCAACCCGGCACCAGUCCUUCAGUGUUGCAGCAUAAGUGUGAAGUCAUGUCCAAAGGUAUUGCAUUGUAGAUUAUUAACUUUUUUAUCUUUGACAUUUAAUUCUCUUCAUAAAAGAGAAAGGGAAGAGUCACUGGCUGUGUUUUCAUACACAGAGAAAGUUAGCUACCAGCCUGGCUAUUAGUCUUUUUGAGGCAAAGCUUUUUUAUCAAUCAGUGGUUGAACAAGUCUGCCUUUUCUGGAUUCUUAACAUUUAACAUGUUUUGCCAGCAAAAAGAUCUCAAAAUGUGGCUGCCAUAAACCAUCUUUGACUCUGAGCUGCAACUAAACAUUAUUUUCAUU